UUAGCUAUUGUGGAUUGUUUUGCCCCUUUCUUCUUCUCUGACACCCUCUUCUCCUUCCUCCUUGCACCAACUCCGGUGGUGACCUUUUUCUUGCUGGUCGCCCUCCCAGCAUUCCUCGAAAAGUUGCCACCAUGCCCACACAUGACCGAAGGCAUUAUUCACCAUCUGCAUCCCGUGCGCGUGCACGUGGUUAAAGAUGCUCUCUUUGGAUAAGUCACCAGUGGCUCCCAUAUCCUUGUACGGCGUCAGAAGCCUGGGGAGCAGUGGGCAGCAAGCAAGCUGGAUUCAAGAAGUAGCGCAGCCUGAGCCAGCAAUGAGCUCGCCUCGAGGAGCAGUGGCGAGCAUAAUAGAUUGGGAGUUGUACAGCUUCGUCCAUGGGAGGAUCUCUGCCAGCACCAUGGAUGGGUCUCAGCAUCGACCAGAGCUUGCACGAUGCCGGCAUCCCCGAACCACGCGUACUCGAGCGUGCCGCAGCAGUUGGGUAGGGAGAGGGCGCGCCGAGGAUGAUGUGGGAGAUGCGGUAGGGUGCGGUGAGGUUGAGCAGCACAGCGAGGCGAUCGUCCAUCACGCGGCAGACCUCGUAGAAUGCACGGGCGGCAACAGCAGGAGACGCGAAGCCGAAGCGGCGCGGGGCGGGCAAGGCGGAGCAGCGCUGCACCGAGCUUGUGGUCGGGUGACAGCGCGAGGGAGGCAGGUCUGGAACAUGGAAUGGGAGGAGAAAGGGGAGUGAAAGGGCGAGGGAAGAAGAAAAGGGUAAAACAGUCCACAAUAACUGACGGUGGUAUGAAAUGAAGAGAUCCGUGCAUCAAAGAACGCAAGAGUUGCUUUGGUCCUUUUUGAAUCCUGAGGGCUGCGCUUACUAGAGGGCAACUACGAGUUAGGAUCUGAGAUGAGGGGGAGACAUGAUGGUGGGCAGAGCAAGAGGCCCAUUGUACUGUGCUGCGUGAUGAUUGUGUGCCUAUGCCUUCUCUUCCUGUAUUUCUCGGGCUCCAAUGGGCAGGUGGGGAGUGCCGCGUUUGAGUACGGGACCAAAUUCUCGCGCUCACUUGGAUGGGGCAGUGAUGAUGGCGAGGAUGGCUCGGAAGAGUCCAUUUUUGGGACUGGGGAUGCGGAUGAUGUUAAGCCCAAGAGCUUCCCUGUGUGUGAUGACCAGCACUCUGAGCUGAUCCCCUGCUUGGAUAGGAACUUGAUAUAUCAGAUGAGAUUGAAGCUGGAUUUAAACCUGAUGGAGCACUAUGAGAGGCAUUGCCCUCCUCCUGAAAGGCGCUUUAAUUGCUUGAUUCCUCCACCACAUGGCUAUAAGGUUCCUAUAAAAUGGCCGAAAAGUCGUGAUGUAGUGUGGAAAGCAAAUAUUCCACACACUCACCUUGCAAAAGAAAAGUCGGACCAGAACUGGAUGGUUGAAGCAGCUGAAAAGAUAAAGUUUCCAGGUGGUGGAACCCAUUUUCAUCAUGGAGCUGACAAAUAUAUAGCAAACAUUGCAAAUAUGCUAAACUUCAAUGAUAACAAUAUAAACAAUGAGGGAAUGCUUCGUACUGUUCUUGAUGUUGGUUGUGGGGUUGCUAGCUUCGGAGGAUAUCUUCUUUCUUCUAAUGUGAUAGCGAUGUCUUUGGCACCGAAUGAUGUACAUCAGAACCAGAUUCAAUUUGCACUUGAAAGAGGGAUCCCUGCAUAUCUUGGUGUUUUGGGAACAAAAAGGCUUCCGUACCCAAGUAGAUCGUUUGAAUUAGCCCAUUGUUCACGCUGUAGGAUCGAUUGGCUUCAAAGAGAUGGGAUUCUUCUGCUCGAACUAGACAGAUUACUCAGGCCCGGAGGUUAUUUCGCUUACUCGUCUCCUGAAGCAUAUGCACAGGAUGAGGAGGAUCGCAGAAUCUGGAAAGAAAUGAGUGCCCUUGUAGAAAGGAUGUGCUGGAAAAUUGCAGAGAAAAGAAACCAGACUGUUAUUUGGGUCAAACCUCUGAACAAUGAUUGCUACAGGAACCGAGCGCCUAGUGCAAAGCCACCUCUAUGCAAAAGUGGUGAUGAUCCAGAUUCGGUAUGGGGUGUGCCAAUGGAAGCUUGCAUCACGCCGUACCCAGAACAAAUGCACAGAGAUGGGGGAACUGGGCUGGCUCCUUGGCCUGCUCGAUUAACGACCCCACCUCCCCGUCUUGCUGAUUUUUAUGUUACUGCUGACACAUUUGAAAAGGAUACGGAAAUUUGGCAGCAAAGAGUAGAAAACUAUUGGAGUUUGUUGGGCCCAAAGGUAAAACCAGACACUAUUAGAAACAUCAUGGACAUGAAAGCAAACUUUGGGUCGUUUGCUGCCGCACUGAAGGAAAAAGAUGUAUGGGUGAUGAAUGUUGUGCCACAUGAUGGACCGAGCACCCUCAAGAUAAUCUACGAUAGAGGGCUGAUAGGCAGCAAUCACAACUGGUGUGAGGCCUUCUCAACCUAUCCUCGAACGUAUGAUCUUCUCCAUGCAUGGACAGUCUUCUCUGACCUCGACAAAAGAGGUUGCAGUGCUGAAGACCUGCUCAUUGAAAUGGACCGUAUUCUUAGGCCGACUGGAUUUAUUAUCGUGAGGGACAAGAGCCCUGUCAUUGAGUUCAUCAAGAAGUACCUCAAUGCGCUUCACUGGGAAGCAAUAACUGUUGUAGAUGCUGAGCCCAACCCUGAAUCAGAGGAGAGUGAAAUGAUCUUCAUAAUCCGGAAGAAGUUGUGGCUACCGGAAGCAGGCUCGCAGGGUUCCUCGUGAUCUUUUCGCUCAAGUUCCCUUUGUGCUCCCAGCAUCUGCAGCUCAGAAGUCAAGGAGUGAGGCUCUGCUGCUCCCCCUGAUACGAUUCAACACCAUCACUCCUGAAAUAGAGUUUGGUUCUUGAUUUCUGGCCCCUCGUGAAAAUAGAUUAUUUACCAGCAUAUGGCAAAUAUGUAGCAGGCUUAGAUAAAAAAAACCUUUUUUUUUGUCUCAACAUAUACUGCAAUUGAUGUUUGUUCUCUAGUCUGGUUAGGAAAUAAACAUUCUUUUUUAUUUUAAUCUUGAGCUUCAUUUAGGUGCUUCACGUCCAUUUAU